GAUUUUCUAGGGUUGAACUAUGUGUGGUUCAGUCCACCCUGUCAGUUUGCGGCGUAUACCAUGAAUUCUCUCCGCUGUAAUUCGCCUACCUUCAUUGCUCAGUGAUUAUCACGCCGCAAAUUUUGUCAACACUGAAAAAGAAAAACAUGGCACAGGCAGCACAGAUUAAUGUCCUCGAACUCAACACACCGAUCACAGUGGAGCACGACCGAAAACGACGACAAUUCACAGUUAGACUAAACGGCUCUCAUGACCGUGCUGUGCUGUUGUAUGAGUAUGUGGGCAAGAGAACGGUGGACCUGCAGCAUACAGAGGUGCCAGAUGCCUACAGAGGAAGAGGGAUUGCUAAGCACUUAGCCAAGGCUGCCAUGGACUUUGUGGUAGAAGAGGACUUGAAGGCCCACCUUACAUGCUGGUACAUCCAGAAAUAUGUUAAGGAGAACCCUCACCCGCAGUACCUGGAACGUGUCCUUCACUGAUGCCAUGAGAGCGAGGGAGAGCGAGAGAGAGGGAGAAGAGCCUGUCUCUUUGGGCUUGGACACAGAUCUGAGUGGGUUUGGGGGCGGGUGGGCGGGUAAAGGGCGGUCAGUAGUGUGGGGAGGGAUGGGGGGGGUUGCUGUCUUUUGAAAAGGGGGAGAAUCUGCACUCAUGCGCGGGGGCAUCCCCUGACCUCAUUUAUGUAACUACCCGAGCUCCUCGAACACACUGGAGAGAUAUCCGAGAUUAAAGGGGUGGUUGUCUGCCUUAUAUUCAUCAUAUCCUUUCUCACCAGCAUCCAUGCAAAGGGCCAGGGUGAAAGCGGCUCGCGUGCCCGCCGACAUCCGUUUUUCAGGACCUGCGCAAAGCAGAAGAGAUCCGUUCUUUUCCCCCCAAGGGCUAAAUGACUCCGCCGCGUGGCGCGGGAGCCUCCGCCGCGCUUCGACCGGGAGCACCGCGCAGAAAAAUCACCCACGGGCUGGUGUUCCCCGCGUUCGCCCGGCUGUGCUCUCGCUGCCAACAUGGAGCGGGCCGGCUUGCUUCACCGACAGCAGGAGGACCUGCGCGACUCGUUGCGGUCGUCUGUCGUGUCACUCAAGACGCUCAGGAAGGCCCGUUUUUUCUCUCUGCGCGUUUGGAGAUGCCGGCCAUUGGGUGCGGAGACACCCGGGACCUAUUUUUACAGUCAGCUGAGACGCUAAUCAAGUUGUGCUGCAGGGAUUAGCAGCCUGCAAUGUGACCUGAUCUGUCAGUAGCGGGCUGUACAGAUCCCAGACACCUCUCCUGCUACUUCCAGGACAUUGUCUGGGGCACUGUUGGAAGAGCAUGAAAUUCAGGAAUUUCUCUGUUGUUGCUAUAAACUCAUAUGUCUGUUACAUUUCUAGUCAACCAAUGGACUCAGUAUGUAUCUCGAUGGUUCCGUUGAGCAAUCUAGAGGCAGUUGAGUGUCCCUAUUUAUGCCCUUCAAGCAACACUGGGCUGUAUGUACCCAAACCUUCAGCAUCCUGUAUCACAAGAAGACGAAAGACGUGCCACUUUCUAAAUGAAUCAGAUAUUACCGGCCUGUGUCAUCAAGGUUUGAUUUAUAAACAUGAUAAACAUGAGUUGAUGAACAGUAGAUUUGUAGAUUUCUCAACAGUUGCUGCUGGGUCAUGCCUGUAUGGUUGCUGUGUAGUGUGAGGGGGUGGGGGAAGUCUCUGUGCAGCAUAUCAAAUGCCAUGUGAUCCUCAAGCAGAAGCUUCCUCCUCACCAGUCACCCAGGACUUGUCUGCAGUGGACUCAAGGAAAAGUAGGCUUACACUUCAGACAUAGAUGAAACUGCCUGUGUUUCCGUAUGCCUAAAACCUUUUUGUUGACAACUUAUUUCUUUUUUUUUUUUUUUAAAUAUAUUAAAAACUUUAUCAAUUCCUGA